AGUUUGUGUACUUAGUAUUGGCACACGUGUGUCAAGCUGGAACUUUCAGCUUGUAGAGUUUGACUUGUCUGCAUCUUUCUCGGACAGCUUCUGGUCUUUUCAGUUGAAAUUUCAGAUUAUUCUGCAGUGGCACUCUGAUGGAUUUAUGGAUAUUAGGAAUUAUUUCCAAGGGGAAGUUGUGAUGGUAAUAUACCACACAUCUUGCUUCAGCUUGAGUUGUUGGAUUUUGUUGAAAGCGAGGCCUGGGAGGUUGAGGGACGAGUACGACAGUCCUCGUGGUCCGCUCCCAUCUCAGCUGAGUACUGGCACGGCGACCAGCAGCAUCCUCCAGAAGCAAAGAUCACAGAGGCUGAUCAGGCAACGCAGCAAGAGGCAAUCGGUGGCAAAGAUGGGAUGGGAGCUUAUAAGACAUUCAGUCAAGCAGCAACCGAAGGUCCAGCAGCGUCCCCCGCUCAUCCACAGUAGAAGUUUUGCUCCCGCUAGUAUGGUCUUUGAUUAUGAAGAUGAUGAAGAAUCAGUCGAUCCAACGCAAUUCUUUUCUCCAGGAGUGCUUUCUGAUGAACUCAAUGACGAGGUAUUCUUUGACUUCUCACCGAAGGCCCAGAGGAGAGCCCGGCCCCCAACUGCAGAGCAUCCCCCUCCACUGCCACCGGGUCGGCGGCUGGAGUCUGACGAGGCCAGCGAGUACGAGGAGAUUCGCGACAGGGUGCCAGGCAGCGAAGAUAGGUUUCGGCAGUUGCCCCAUCCGCCACCCAGACUCGGAUUUGAUGAAGUCGACCUGGCAGGAAGACCACCCUACAGGAGGGAAUACCCUGAUGAAGAUGAUAUGUAUGCCAUGCCUGAUCUUCCAGAUGUCUACAGGAGAGAGCCCUCUGCUGGGGAUCCCUUGGACUCCAGAACAAAUAGUGUGUUACAAGACAUGAUACCCACCGGUAUUGGGUGGCGGAAACCCAAGACAGAGGAGCGCUUCAAGAUCCCACCCAUCGUGCCUGUCCCCGAGGACCUACCAGACGGUGGCAAACCCCUGCGUCGCACCAAGAUCAGGGAACAGAUCAUGGACAUGGCAAUGGACAACGCGGACAGGAGAGAGAUCGGCAAGGGUCUGGUGGGAAGGGUGCUCAACAGGAGAUACAGGUCCAAGAGAAUGGACAGCUACGUCCAGAAACAGAUAGAGGAGAUUGAAGAUCAUAGUCGACCUUACUUCACCUAUUGGGUAACUACAGUACAGAUAGCCAUCAUGAUAGUAUCUCUUGCCUUCUACGGAUUUGCUCCCAUCGGCUUUAGUUAUACACAAAAAACAGGAGUGGUCUUACAAUCUAAUUUAGUGAUGGAAACAGUAGGUUACAAGGAACCAGAUAACUUCUGGAUCGGUCCAAGACCGGCGGAUUUAAUACAUUUAGGUGCCAAGUUUUCCCCAUGUAUGCAUCGAGAUGAACAAGUAUUUGCUACCAUUGAAGAUGCAAAAGCAGUUGAAAACAUGACAGGGUGCUGUAUACGAACGGAUAACGCAGGUUGUGUGCAGACGUCUUAUGAACAAUGUUCAACGAGAUUUGCCAUGUUCUCCAAGUGGACCCCUAGUAGACCUGAUCCUAGUGAACAAAGAACAUCAGGACCUGUAUGUGGGCAAGAUCCAAGGGAGUGUAAGAGUCCUUCAUCGAGACCGCCGUAUGAAUGGCCAGAUGACAUCACAAAGUGGCCUAUCUGCGUGGAACCAUUUGAUUCUCAUAAUCAAUACCAUACAAUGUGUGAGGUGACGGGUCGACCAUGCUGCAUCGGUAUACAUGGUGAAUGUAAGAUUGUUAGCCGUGACUACUGUGAAUUCGUCAAUGGGUUCUUCCAUGAAGAGGCCACUCUAUGCUCUCAGGUUUCUUGUGUUGAUGAUAUAUGUGGACUGAUCAACUUCCUAGAUCCUAAUUAUCCCGAUCAGAUCUAUAGAUUAUGGCUCUCACUGUUUCUUCAUGCUGGUAUCUUUCAUUGCGUGCUGAGUUUUAUCAUGCAUAUGACAAUCCUGAGAGAUCUUGAGAAGCUUGCUGGCUGGUUUAGGAUAGCUAUCAUCUAUAUCUUCAGUGGCAUUGGAGGCAACCUUACCAGUGCAAUAUUCAUUCCAUACAGGGCUGAGGUUGGUCCUGCGGGAGCCCAGUUUGGUCUCCUUGCAUGUCUAGUUGUUGAAGUCUUCCAGAACUGGCAGAUCCUGCGGAACCCUGGCCUGGCCCUUGUCAAGCUGUUAGCCAUCAUCAUGGUGCUCUUUGUACUAGGUCUCCUGCCAUGGAUCGACAACUUCGCCCAUCUGGGUGGUUUCAUCUGCGGCAUCUUCCUCUCCUUCAUCUUCUUACCUUACAUCUGCUUUGGGGAGUUUGACCGCAACCGCAAGCGUAUCCAGAUGGUAGUGUGUUCCGUGCUCCUGGUUGGGUUCUUCUCGCUAGGCUUCGUCCUCUUCUAUGUCCGCCCUAUCACCGAUUGGUGGUGGUGGUUUCAGUAUUUCAACUGCGUGCCCAUCACGGAAGACUUUUGUAAUGAUAUGGACGUCAGGUUUGAGGAAACCGGAGUACCAGGGAAUAUGUAAUGGUGAGAUGUGAUGUGCCAUUGAUAUUGUAACUUAUAGAGGUUCCUAUCUCUGAAACAGUAAUGCUUGGAUCAUGAUAAGCUGUUACUCAUGACCAGGGGUGUCUGGUUAUGCCUCUUGGCUUGUUGGAACUGGAUGUCACUGAGAUUCCAAUGUACCAUGAGCCUUGCUGACAGUAUGAAGACCAAGAGAUGUCUUUGACUAUUCUCUUUACCUAUCAAACAUGGGUCCUUAGAUCCUUAUCUUCAUCAGGCUUGUUGAUAUCAUCUCCUGUAGUGGUUUCUCCAAAGCUUGUCUUGAUCCAUCGAUCCCAUCUGGACAUGAUCCUGAGAUCACGGUGUUCCUGCAGAGGCGAUUGGUGUAAUGACUGUAAGCUUGAGCCAUCAAUGCCAUCACUUGCAGAAAAUGAACAUUAUCUUGCCACAGUUCUGUGUAUGGCUGUCCUUAAAACUCUCCCAUCUGAUGGCCAAGAGACAUUUAUCUUCUGUGACCAGUAUCAUCUGCACACUAAAAAGUGGAAGGCACUGGACUGUUCUUGCAGAUAUUGAUAGUCUUUUGUCAUUGUUAUUUGUGCAUGUGGAUUACAACUACUUACUAAAUCCCAGCACAUGUACUUUAUAGAUUAUAUAUGAAAUGAGUGUAACUCUCAAGAUGUAUUCGACAAGAUGGUUGUCAUGACAACAAAAACUGGUUACGAAGAUGAACGAUUCAGUAUUUAGUGAACCAUUCCUAUUUGAUGUUCUCAUGAGGGUACAUCAAAGGUGUAUCCUUUGAAUACUGGGUAUUAUGCAUUUUAUUUGUUAUAAGUGCCUGCUGCCCUCGUGUGUCAUGUCAGCUCUCAUCUUUAUCAUGUCAUGUCUCUCAUCAAUGUGUACUCAUUGUAUCAUUUUUAAGAGAACAUGUAAUUCAGAUAAGAAUCGAACACCCAUUGUUUAUGUGUUCUUUCUUACAAACAACAUUGUUUAUGUGAUUUGUCUUACUAACGACAAAUCAGUCCUUAGAGAACACUGACAUGUUAAAAAGUUUUUUUAUUAGCUGAGUUAUGUAUGGUACUACAUAAUAACACAGAAAAAGGAUAGACCCUCUUAAAAAUCAUUUAGUUAUUUCAUAAAAGAAAACAGUAAUCACAUGGGAGGCAUCUGGCUCAUAGGUAAUAUAUGACUAAUUUUAUACUUUGAUAUGAUAUUGAAAGCUGGGGAUUAAAUUUUUUUUUUAAAGUUAAUGAAUUUGGAUUAUUCCCUUUAUGAUAGCAAUGAAUACAAUUUGAAAUCUUCUUAAGUGCAUUGUAUUCUUGUAGCAAAUGUAUUUAAUCUGCAUCUGUUAUCUACAUCUGCAUUUUUUAAAAGAACAAAUUCUUGAUGUGUGUGUACAUUGAAAUCCAUUUAAAAAACAGUAAAAUGUUUAUCCAAAGUUUUUUAAUGGGGGCAAACUUUUUUUAAUGCCAAUCAUCAAACGUGAAAAAGCAAUUAUUUCAUGUUUUGUCAAGCUAGAAUUUUAACAAUUUUUAACGAUAAUUCUUGAAUUCAAAUACACACUAAUGUGUAAGCUUGCCCCAUAACAUGAAUGCAAUGAUCAUGAAAUGUAGUUGUCUGUUUUUAAUUGUUUUUAGAUGAUAAGUUAUGAAAGCUUUAGGACUGUGCAGUUGUUUUUAAGUACAGAAAUGAUAUCCAAUAUAUCGCAGACAAGACUGGAAUGAUGUGCAUUUCCAACUAUUGCAAACUCCCUAAUUUUUUUAACCUCAUACUUCAAUAUUUUUUAUUUGUUAGAGGACAAAACACAUAUUGAUUUGUGCAAAGUUGUUUCUAACAAUUGUGAGAUAAUGUUUAAUUUACCAAAAGGUCCAAAAAUAUUUUAUCUUGAUUGUUGCCAUUGGACAAUUUUAUUACUUGAUCAUUGUCACUUUUGUAUAUGUGUCAAUUAUACUUUUAAUUUCACAAUAAAUUUUUUUUCUACAUUGUGUUGCAAUCCUAAGUUGUUAUAUUUUUCACUGCUAUUUGUAGUUUUUAUCAUGUGUUCUUGAUGUAAUCUAGAUAAUCAUUUUCUCAUGUUCUAUAUUCUUCCUUCACUGUGUUAUGAAACUCACCAAGUUGUUUGGAGUCCAUUUUAUUACUGAUUUUUUGUGUGUUAAUUUUCUCAUGCAUAGAGUUGACUCAUUUAGACACUUCCCACUUCCAAUUCCAUUUUUUUUUAAUGAUCAUCUACAAUGGAAAUUAGUGAUAUUUUUUAUAUCUUUUUCUAAUAACUGCACUAAAAAUGUUGCCAUAACUAAUUUCUUUGACUGUUCUGUGUUUAAUCUCAAUUUCAUUAUUGACAACUGCUAGAUAAAUACAUCAUGUUGCUCCCAUGGAAUUCCUGUACAUUGAAGCACUACAUAAAACCUUACCCAUAUUCUCUUUU